AUGAAGCCACUGCUAUCAGUGGUGUCGCUGUGUUUGCUUCUGUGCGUACACGCACUACCAGAGAACAUCGAAGACGUGAAAGAAUUACCCCAAUCCAAAGAACCAAUAGUAGAAGCAGAAGAAUCCAAGCCCCAAGCUAGAACAGAAAGAUGUACGACAUGUACCCCACUUAAACUAGGACUUAAAUCUCCCAAAGAAGUAUUAGCGGCUUUGCAAUCUUUACCAGGAGCGGAAGUACACUCUCAACAGUCCUUCGAAGGCUGUUCCAGCGAUAAAGGCUGUGCUGGUUUGAAACUCAAAGACGGAAAAGUGAUAGAACGUUUUGGGGACAUAGAUGCUUUCAAAGCAGCAGCAGCCUCCGACGUGAAUAAUGAGUUUAAUUUUCACGCUGGUUUCGGAAGCGAUUUAUUCAAAAGCGCCAACUCACCUUUCUGGUGGAUGAACCAAGACUCUCCAUUCAGUGGCGCUAAUGGCGCCAGCUUUGAGAAAUUCAGCAAAUCGUCAAGUUUCUCCUCUGGUAGUGGCGCUAACGCUGCAUUCACUGGCAUGGACCUAUCAGCUAACCCAUUCUUAAACGGACAGUUUUCAAACCUUGGUCUUUCUGGUGACGCCAGCUCAGUAAAUCCCUUCCAAUCAUCUGCUUUCGAAUCAUCAGCAUUCAGUGCAUCUAGCAAAGCUGGUCAAGCUGGACUUCAAGGUUAUGGAGCACAAAACGCUGCUUCAAACUUCGGGGCUGGUGCGUUCAACUCUGGUUUCGCUGGCAGUAAAGUAUCUGGCUUCAGUGGUUCAAGCCCAGCACCUUUUGGCUCUGGAGCUAAUGUGAACUUGAUUCAGAAUGCCCAAAAGAGCGACUUCGAUUUCGAGCAACAACAGACACAACAGAACAUCGACGAAAUCUUCCAGAAUGCUGGAAAUCUUGGCCUGGAUUCUGGUGUCACAGCUGGGGAGUUGCAGCAGACCUGUUCCGGUUUAGGAUACGCCUGUGUGUUGAAAACACAAUGCAACAACGGCGUCGUGAGCACCAACGCAGCGGCCGUCCUUCAAGCUAAAACAAAGAAGCAAUACUGCAACCUUGCCACGGAAAUCUGCUGCAGGAUCGAGACUUCUCAAGGAGGCAUUGGAUCAAUCAGCCAGGGUUCUGGUCUCUUCGCUGGUCAAGUUGGUUCCGUAGGAGGAUUUGGCAGUCAGACAACCCAAAGUGGAUUCUCAAACGGAUUUGGUGCUAAGGGCACUUUUUCGAGCGGCGCUUCUUUCGGAUCUGCUAACAGAGGCAUUGCUGUCGAAUCCACUAAAUUCGGAUCUGGAUUUGGCUCGACUCUCGCACCUACGACGUCCAGAUUUGGAGCAAAUGGCUUCAAAUCCACGAGCCAAACGAACUUCAUCGACGCUGAUUCGUUGACCGCUGGCAGUGACGCUGCUGGUGUCUAUCGACCUGGUGCUGUCGGUUCCGGUCUAAAACCUGGUAUCCCCUACCUCCCACCCAUCGACGUUACAGGCAGUGGUACCAAUGUAGUCUCCACAACUGUUUUCCCCACCCCCACAAUAAUCACGACUCCUAGACCAUUCACAACCCCUAAACCUACCUAUCUACCCCCUAUUUCGUCAACCUCUGCCCCUGGUUACUUACCACCGAUCGGGGAACCAACUAACAACAGAGAAACCAUCGUGCCUAAACCUGAUUAUCAAGAUGGUUCAUUAAUCCUGGAUGAAAAUAGAUUCCCCACACCCAGACCCACCCCUGUGCCUGCACCGAGUGAAAUUCCCGCUGGAUGUGCGGCCGCUCUGAAGUGUACUGCAAUCGAAUUCUGUACAGCUGAAGGAGUCAUUUCAAACGUUUCUGUAUUUUUGACCAGAGAUCAAGAAGCUUAUAGAGUACCACUCACGGAUUGCCGUGAUUUGGAAUCUGGACGUAUUGGUAAAUGCUGCCGUGAUCCGUAUUACACUGACCCCUGGCCUGUUAAUCAAUUGGGUAAAUGGGUACCCGGGGUAUUUGGAGGUAACGACGGUAAAUACGUACCUGACAGCAGAGUUAGUCCAAACAACAUAAGACCCAGUGUCACUGUUCGCCCUCCUGUCACCGGUUCAGUCAUAUCACCAGCAUUCCUGACUAAACCCACUCCUACACCAUUUGGGCCCAACCAAGUUUCUCCUGGAUUUGGCUCCACUGUGACUCCUUUGAAUCAGAGAGGUCAAGGUCAAUUCCCUAUUGGAGGUCAAGGACAAUACAGCAAGGGUGGUCUGGGACAAUUCUCUCAAGGGGGACAGGGACAAUUCACAUCAGGUGGACAAGGACAGCUUGGCAUCAUAGGACAAGGUCAAAUUGGAUCUGGAUCUGCAAUCAACACAGCUUUCACCCAAGGACAGGUUGCACAGAAGGGUCAAGGGGCGUUUGUGUCCCAAGGACAGGGAGGAGUUGCAUCCAGGGGCCAAGGUCAAGUGGUAAACAGGGGUCAAGUUAGCAAGGGACAAGGUUUCUUGGUGAAUCAGGCAGCGGGAAUUGGAAUCAAUAAACAACAGGGACAGUUCGUCGGUCAGGGUCAAGGGCAAAUAGUGUCCCAAGGUCAAGGGCAAAUUGUUUCCCAGGGAGUGGGACAAGGAGUCAGGCAAGGAGUUGGGCAAUACGGCCAAGGACAGAUUGGCAUCCAAGGACAAGGUGUCCAAACUCAAUUCGGCGCUGGACAAAAUGGUUUAGGAGUAGCAGCAAUUGGAGCCCAAGGAGUGAACGGUCAGGGACAGUUCGUGAGUCAAGGACAGGGGUCAAUCGUAUCAAGAGGUCAAGGCAGCGGUAUCAGUCAAGGAUUUGGUACUGGCAUCCGUCAGGGAAGCGGCGUGGUUGCGUCUCAAGGCUUCGGGCAGGGAGUGCGACAAGGACAAGGCACGGUUGUGUCGCAAGGAUUCGGCCAGGGGGUCCGUCAGGGGCAAGGAGUCCUGGUCAAUCAGGGAGAGGGACUAAUAUCUACGCAAGGACAAGGCCAGUUUGUAAGCCAGGGUCAAGGACAGCUAGUGAACCAGGGACAGGGACAAUAUGUAUCGCAGGGUGAAGGACAGCUGGUCUCUCAAGGCCAGGGUGCUCUUGUAUCCCAGGGUCAAGGAACUCUUGUAUCCCAAGGAUUCGGGCAAGCAAUCCGUCCAGGUCAAGGCGGUUUCCUUACUAAUGGCCAGGGACAAAUUGUCUCUCAAGGAGGCGGAGCUCUGAUCAAUCAGGGUGAAGGAGCAUACAUCACUAACGGCUUCGAUCAAAUCCGUAGAGCUCAAGCCCAACUCGUGUCUAAAAAGGAAGGGCAGUUGGUUUCUCAAGGGGAGGGAGAGAUUGUUACACAGGGCCAGGGGCAGAGAGUGUCACAAGGAUUCGGUCAAGGAGUACGCCAGGGGCAAGGCUUCGCUGUGACCCAGGGAGGCGGGUAUGGAGUUGAAAAUGAGUACGGAGAAUCAGUGCAAAGGGUUUUCCUUCAAGAGUACAACGCCGGCGGGCAAUGUGGAGUUCUUAAUGGUCAACGUCCUUAUGGCAAUCGCAAUGACUUGGAAGCCGAUUUCGCUGAGAUUCCCUGGCAGGCGAUGGUAUUGCUGCAAACUAACAGAAGUCUGCUGUGUGGUGGUGUGAUCACCAGACCUGAUGUGGUUGUGACUUCAGCUGCCUGCGUUGAAGGCUUGGACGCAAAGAACGUGCUUAUCAAAGGAGGUGAAUGGAAGCUUGGAAUAGACGACGAACCUCUACCAUUCCAAAUUGUUCAAGUCAAAACGAUCCUUCGUCAUCCUCUCUACAAACACAGCAACCUCCACUAUGACGCUGCUAUCCUGGUACUCGCUGAGAACUUGAGAUUCGCCAAAAACAUCUAUCCCAUAUGUUUACCAGAUAAAGAUGACAGUUUGGACAAAUAUUACAACGGCGUUGGAGAGUGCAUUGUUACUGGAUGGGGAAAACAAGUACUACAAGCUCAUCUCCAAGGAAGUAUAAUGCACAGCAUGAAUGUCUCCCUCAUCAGCCCUGGUGAAUGCCAGUCCAAAUUAUCAUCAGAAUAUCCUCACCUCUUGGAGUUGUAUGAUGAAGACAGCUGCGUCUGCGGCCAGCCUUCCAAUCCUCUUAAUAACAUUUGCAGGGUUGACAUUGGCAGCGCCCUGGCUUGCACAACUGGUGACGGUCAUUACACCUUCAGAGGGGUUUAUUCCUGGGAUUCAGGAUGUCAAGUUGGUAACCAAGUGGCUGGUUUCUAUAGAUUCGAUUUGGAAUGGUACCAAUGGGCUAUUGGGCUCAUAGAGAGCGUCAGAUUCGCUCAAUACAGUACCAUCACUAAGGUCACUACUGGGAUAUACACUGGCCAAAUAAAUGGUGUGAAGGGUGGUGUGAAAGGAUUCUCUGGCGUCAAAGGAGUGAAAGGUUCAUCUAGCUCUGGUUCGAUAAGAACUGGUGCUGUAGCUUCAGUUUCGUCAGGAGCAGUCUCUGGAUCAUCAGGACUUAUUAGCGGAGUUAAUAGCUUCAAUUUCGGGAAAGGUCAAUUCGGUUUUGGGCAGAGUCAAGGCCAGUUAUCUGGCAACCAAGGGCUCGUCAGUCAGGGACAGUUCGCGGGUAAAGUGAACCAGUUCCAGGAAAAGAUAAGCGGUAGCUCAAGUCAGUCUGGUUUUGGGGCUGGGUUCAACUUCAGCGAAAUCAAACCGAUCACGAACGGAUUCAGCGCCACCUAUUCCGAGAAGAAGGUGUUCAAGACCGAACCGAAGUACGUGACAUUCACAACUAAACCGGAAAUCGUGACGUAUACAACGAAACCGGAAAUCUUUACAUUCACAACCAAGCCCAAAAUCAUUACUUACACAACCAAGCCUAAAAUUAUUACCUAUACAACCAAACCCCAGAUCAUUAGGUACGAAACAUCUGGCAGCGGGACCAACCCCCAAUACGUAGCCCCAGGGGUAACAUUCAACCCCUCCUUUUCAGAAUUAGUUGGUAAACACGAGCACACAGCCAAAUGCAAAUGUCUAGAAGGCAAAUGA